GAGUGGAAGGGCCUCUUCCUUCCGGCGGGGCUGCCAAGCGCGGCCGUCUGUCCUUCGUUUCCAGAAGGAGACGAGGCGCGGAGGGGAACUCUUUUUCGUGGCGGAGGCCGCUGUCGGACUGGGCCCUUUCACGACGGGGGGAGGUGCUGUACGUCCAAGAUGGCGGCGCCCUGUAGGCUGGAGGGACUGUGAGUGACCAUGAAAGACACCAGGUUGACAGCACUGGAAACCGAAGUACCAAUUGUCCCCAGAACAGUCUGGUAGUGGCCCCAAUGAAGAGCCUUCAGAACCUGUAAGAUACGUCCUGGAGCAGGCACAGCACCUUCAAGCUAGAGAAUGGCCCAACAAGCGAAUGUCGGGGAGCUCCUCUCCAUGCUGGACUCCCCCAUGCUGAAUGUGCGGGACGACGUGACAGCUGUCUUUAAAGAGAACCUCAAUUCUGACCGUGGUCCUAUGCUUGUAAACACCUUGGUGGAUUACUACCUGGAAACCAACUCUCAGCCAGUAUUGCACAUCCUGACCACCUUGCAAGAGCCACAUGACAAGCACCUCUUGGACAGGAUUAACGAAUACGUGGGCAAAGCCACCACUCGUUUAUCCAUCCUCUCGUUACUGGGUCAUGUCAUAAGACUGCAGCCAUCUUGGAAGCAUAAGCUCUCUCAAGCACCUCUUUUGCCUUCUUUACUAAAAUGUCUCAAGAUGGACACCAACGUCGUUGUCCUCACAACAGGUGUCUUGGUGUUGAUAACCAUGCUACCAAUGAUUCCACAGUCUGGGAAACAGCAUCUUCUUGAUUUCUUUGACAUUUUUGGCCGUCUUUCAUCAUGGUGCCUGAAGAAACCAGGCCACGUGGCAGAAGUCUAUCUUGUCCAUCUCCACGCCAGUGUGUACGCGCUCUUUCAUCGCCUUUAUGGAAUGUACCCUUGCAACUUCGUCUCCUUUCUGCGUUCUCAUUACAGUAUGAAAGAAAACUUGGAGACUUUUGAAGAAGUGGUCAAGCCAAUGAUGGAGCAUGUGCGAAUUCAUCCGGAAUUAGUGACUGGAUCCAAGGACCAUGAACUGGACCCUCGAAGGUGGAAGAGAUUAGAAACUCAUGAUGUUGUAAUCGAGUGUGCCAAAAUCUCUCUGGAUCCCACAGAAGCCUCGUAUGAAGAUGGCUAUUCUGUGUCUCACCAAAUCUCAGCCCGUUUUCCUCAUCGUUCAGCUGAAGUCACCGCCAGCCCUUAUGUUGACACACAGAAUAGCUACGGGAGUGCUACUUCUACCCCUUACUCCACUUCUCGGCUGACAUUGUUAAAUACGCCAGGGCAGCUACCUCAGACUCUGAGUUCCCCAUCGACACGGUUGAUAACUGAACCGCCACAAGCUACUCUUUGGAGCCCAUCUAUGGUUUGUGGUAUGACCACUCCUCCAACUUCUCCUGGAAAUGUCCCACCUGAUCUGUCACACCCUUACAGUAAAGUCUUUGGUACAACUGGUGGAAAAGGAACUCCUCUAGGAACCCCAGCAACCUCUCCUCCUCCAGCCCCGCUCUGUCAUUCAGACGACUACGUGCACAUUUCACUCCCCCAGGCCGCAGCCACGCCCCCCAGGAAGGAAGAGCGAAUGGAUUCUGCAAGGCCAUGUCUACACAGACAGCACCAUCUUCUGAAUGACAGAGGAUUAGAAGAGCCACCUGGCAGCAAAGGUUCUGUCACUCUAAGUGAUCUUCCAGGGUUUUUAGGUGAUCUGGCCUCCGAAGAAGAUAGUAUUGAAAAAGAUAAAGAAGAAGCUGCAAUAUCAAGAGAACUUUCUGAGAUCACCACAGCAGAGGCCGAGCCUGUGGUUCCUCGAGGAGGCUUUGACUCUCCUUUUUACCGAGACAGUCUCUCAGGUUCUCAGCGGAAGACCCAUUCAGCAGCCUCCAGUGCUCAGGGCACCAGCGUGAACCCUGAGCCUUUACACUCCUCCCUGGACAAACUUGGGCCUGAUACACCAAAGCAAGCCUUUACUCCCAUAGACCUGCCCUGUGGUGGUGCUGAUGAAAGCCCUGCAGGAGACAGGGAAUGCCAAACUUCCGUGGAGACCAGUAUCCUCACUCCCAGCCCUUGUAAAAUUCCACCUCAGAGGAGAGGGGGCUUUGGAAGCGGGCAGCCUCCCCCGUAUGAUCAUCUUUUUGAGGUGGCAUUGCCAAAGACAGCCCAUCAUUUUAUCAUCAGGAAGACUGAGGAGCUGUUAAAGAAAGCAAAAGGAAACACAGAGGAAGAUGGUGUGCCCUCUACCUCCCCAAUGGAAGUGCUGGACAGACUGAUACAGCAGGGAGCAGACGCGCACAGCAAGGAGCUGAACAAGUUGCCUUUACCCAGCAAGUCUGUCGACUGGACCCACUUUGGAGGCUCUCCUCCUUCAGAUGAGAUCCGCACCCUCCGAGACCAGUUGCUUUUACUGCACAACCAGCUACUCUAUGAGCGUUUUAAGAGGCAGCAGCAUGCCCUGCGGAACAGGCGGCUCCUCCGCAAGGUGAUCAAAGCAGCAGCUCUGGAGGAACAUAAUGCUGCCAUGAAAGAUCAGUUGAAGUUACAAGAGAAAGACAUCCAGAUGUGGAAAGUUAGCCUGCAGAAAGAACAAGCUAGAUACAGUCAGCUUCAGGAGCAGCGUGACACUAUGGUAACCAAGCUCCACAGCCAGAUCCGACAGCUGCAGCAUGACCGAGAGGAAUUCUACAACCAGAGCCAGGAAUUACAGACCAAGCUGGAGGACUGCAGGAACAUGAUCACAGAGCUGCGGCUAGAAUUGAAGAAGGCCAACAACAAGGUGUGUCACACUGAGCUGCUGCUCAGCCAGGUUUCUCAAAAGCUCUCAAACAGCGAGUCGGUCCAGCAGCAGAUGGAGUUCUUGAACAGACAGCUGUUGGUUCUUGGGGAGGUCAACGAGCUAUAUUUGGAACAACUGCAGAACAAGCACUCAGAUACCACAAAGGAAGUGGAAAUGAUGAAAGCUGCCUAUCGGAAAGAGCUAGAGAAAAACAGAAGCCAAGUUCUCCAGCAGACUCAGAGGCUUGAUACCUCCCAAAAACGGAUUUUGGAACUGGAAUCUCACCUGGCCAAGAAAGACCACCUUCUUUUGGAACAGAAGAAAUAUUUAGAGGAUGUCAAACUCCAGGCAAGAGGACAGCUGCAGGCCGCAGAGAGCAGGUAUGAGGCUCAGAAACGGAUAACCCAGGUGUUCGAAUUGGAGAUCUUAGAUUUAUAUGGCAGGCUGGAGAAAGAUGGCCUCCUGAAAAAACUUGAAGAAGAAAAAGCAGAAGCAGCUGAAGCAGCAGAAGAAAGGCUUGACUGUUGUAAUGACGGCUGCUCAGAUUCCAUGGUAGGGCACAAUGAAGAGGCAUCUGGCCGCAACGGUGAGACCAAGACCCCCAGGCCCAGCAGCACUCGCGGCAGUAGUGGAAGCAGAGGAGCUGGAGGCAGCAGCAGCAGCAGCGAGCUUUCUACCCCGGAGAAACCCCCAAACCAGAGGGCAGGCCCAUUCAGCAGUCGGUGGGAGACAACUGUGGGAGAAUCCUCUGCCAGCAUCCCCACCACUGUGGGCUCACUUCCCAGUUCAAAAAGCUUCCUGGGUAUGAAGGCCCGAGAGUUAUUUCGUAAUAAGAGCGAGAGCCAGUGUGAUGAGGACGGCAUGGUCAUCAGUAGCCUUUCUGAGAGCAUAAAGCCAGAACUGGGCAAAGACUUGGGUGUGGAAGCCAAGACUUCCCUGAACCUAGAUGGCCCGCACCCAUCUCCCCCAAACCCGGACAGUGUUGGACAGCUACAUAUCAUGGACUACAAUGAGACUCAUCAUGAAUACAGCUAAGGAUGAUGGUCAAUCAGUGUUAACUUGCAUAUUGUUGGCACAGAACAGGAGGUGUGAAUGCACGUUUCAAAGCUUUCCUAUUUCCAGGGUCUGAGUGCAAGUUCAUGUGUGGAAAUGGGACAGAGGUCCUUUGGACAGCUGACUGAAUGCAGAACGGUUUUUGGAUCUGGCAUCGAAAUGCCUUUUGACCUUCCCCUCCACCCGCCCCUAACCCCCUCUUCUCAUUUACCUCGCAGUGUGUUCUAAUCCAAGGGCCAGUUGGUGUUCCUCAGUAGCUUUAUUUUCUUCCUUCCCGCCCCAAAUGGUUGCGUCCUUUGAACCUGUGCAAUAUGAGGCCAAAUUUAAUCUCUGAGUCUAACACACCACUUUCUGCUUUCCUGAAGCUCAGAUAACUGGGUUGGCUCUCAAUGAGACGAGGUAGUUUGUUGCAUUGCAGGUAAGUCCAGUUUUGUCCCUUCUGGGAAAAUGCAGCCUGCAACGCUGGCUGUCUUCACAUGAAAGCUUUUACAAGAGACUUUCCUACUGCUUUUUGAUUCUGAAGUUCAGCAUCUAAAGCAGAAGACCUAAAAAAACAGUGGUUUCUUCAUGAUUACAUUCUUUUGGCAGUUCUGAUAAGCUUCCUAGAAAGUUCUGUGUGAACAGAAGCCUGUUGUUUCAGAAAUCUAGAGCUGGCACUGAGGAGCCCUUACACCCUUUGGGAAAGCUCUUGUCCCUUCCUCCCCCACUACCUCUUAUUUAUUUGGUGUUUGCUUGAAUGCUGGUACUAUUGGCUGGUGUGUAGGUGAUAAAACCUGCUCUUGUAGGAGGCAAGGAGGAGUCACUGGGAGAGGUUACCCGAGAAGCCCCUGAGCAUGAGGAACUGCACCUGCAGGCUGGUCUCGGCUUGCCGGGCCUUUUGUUAAAGCCGCCGGUCUGCGGGCCCUGCUUGGUGUGCACAUGCCUCUUGUUCACGUCAGCUGAUUUGUGACACUGCAGCAGAAAGGCUCUGAAGGGCCAAACGGUUUCUGCAAAGUAUAUGUGACCGUGAUUUCUCAGGCCGUAACGGCUGCCUCGCUGUAGCAGGCUCUAGGCCACCAGAAGGGGGGCAGCUUUUUCAUACCAAUUCCAACUUUCAGGGGCUGACUCUCCAGGGGGCUGAGUCAUCACACUCUCCAUUUUAGUAAUGGCAGAGCAGUUUAAGCAGAGUCCGGGAGAAUGCUGGCACUAGGCUGCCCCAUAUGCUCGUGAGAGAGGACGUUAGUCAGAAAAGUGGCAGUGGCAAAGAAUCCAGACUCAGCAAAUGCUCCUGAAAUAAAUGCUGGAAGCCUAAGAAUUGCUGCCUGGUGUCCGGCUGAGGCAGGGGAAAGUUGGUAAGAAGGAGCCAGAGAACUUGGCUUUCCUGUUUCUGUUCUUUCAGUAAAAAGAUGAGAAGGAUUGAGUCAGAGG